ACAGCGGGCCACUGCAGAGGCACCGCGCAAUUGGACCCUAUAAGCCUGUUGACUGUCCCACCAACAAGGCUAUUCUUUGGGUAGAGAAGCGUGAGUUUGGCCUCUUUUUUAUUUUAUCAAGACUAAGAAAAAACAUUGAACUGGUGGAUUUACUGUUUGAAUAGCUCAAGGAUGCAGGACGGGAGUUGGAAGCAGCCACUCCCCAUGUCAGUGCUACUGAAAGAUCCAGUGGCGGGACACUUGGAGGGGGAUGGAGGGGUGUUCUCUGAGGCCUCAUCUGAUGGAGAGCUCUACAUGGACCCUGCACCAGAGCUGGAUUCUGGAGAUGGGGAUUUUGCUGAUCUCACUUCCUUUCUGAGUGCAGAGGAGAUAAACCUGAGUCUAGACCUGGCCCGGGAGGCCUUUGGAGACACAUCUGUGGACCCAGGACCUACCCCCCUGUCCCAGGAGCAGGCUUUAACUGGGCCCACACAGACUGUAGACCUGACGCCGAGUCCACACAUCCAGACCAAAGCCCCCUGUCCUAAUGACAGUCCAGUCAAAGGCCUGGCCCAGCAGAGGCCUGUACAGUUGCCCAGUGACAUCACAGGGCAGAAGAUGGUCCGGCACAAACCUGUUCCCCCAGUGUACAGACAGGACAAACCGCGGCUGGUCCACGAGGGGCUGGAGCUGGGAGAACGCUCUGGCUCUGCCUCUGAGUUCUGCAGCCGAGCCGCAUCCUUUAUCGAGGAGCUGUCCUCCAUCUUUAAGGGCACAGCCCACACAGAGCAACCACAGGAGGAGGAGUCCUCCUCUCCAGACAGUGGAUACCUGUCCCCCAGGAGCCAGAGGCCCGUUCCCCAGGGCUCAGCCUCUGUCCCCCCUGUGCCCCCUUCCCCUCAAGACAUCUCGUACAGUCCGACCGCUGUGGGCCCUUUAUCAGGGGCCCUGGGGCCAGUAGCGGCUGCAGUUCAGUAUCAACAAUCCGGAGCUCCAGUCUCCUGUGGACCUCUAUCUCCUCCACACUUCCUCCACAAACUGAAGAGCCAAGAAGUGGCUGAAGGCAGCCCCAUUCGCCUGGAGUGCAGGGUCACGGGGAACCCCCUACCCCUCGUCAGGUGGUUCUGUGAGGGCCGUGAGCUGCACAGUUCUCCAGACAUCCAGAUCCUGAGAGAUGGAGACCUGCACACGCUGGUGAUCAACGAGGCCUUUGAAGACGACACGGGACGCUACACCUGUGUGGCCUCCAACAGCCUAGGAGCAGACAACACCUCUGCAGAAGUCUACAUAGAAGGAGCUUCAUCGACAGAUUCGGAGGGAGAGGGUGCGUCCAAGUCCAAAUCUGGAGCUAUGCCUCUAGUUCAGAAGAAGACAACCUCUAUGUCCCUGACGAUACGGUCCUCCUCACCCAAAACAACAGAGGUCCUGCCACGCCGCACUACUCUGGUCCAGGCCCUGGCUCAGCCCCCACCUAGGACGCAGAGCCCUGUGUCAUCACUGUACACGGUGGAUGUGUCAGGACCCCCUAUAUUUACAAAGAUGUUGCAGGAUGCCCAGGCCUCGGAGGGUCAAGUGGUGGUUCUGGAGUGCAGGGUUCGGGGCAGCCCUCGUCUACAGGUCCGAUGGUACCGAGAGGGAGAGGAGAUCCUGGAUUCCCCGGAUUUCCGUAUCCUUCAAAAAAAGCCCAGAUCAGCAGCUGAACCAGAGGAGAUCUGUACCCUGGUCAUUGCUGAGGCUUUUCCUGAAGAUGGAGGUGUUUUCUCCUGCUCUGCCUCCAAUCCGUUCGGCUCUGUCAACUGUUCAGCCCGACUCACUGUCACUGCAGCUGACGACUCCUCCAGUAAUGGGGUGUCUGGUGAGAGCUCAAGUAUGGAGGACUCUGCCCCAUUCCCCCCUCCACCACCUCCCACAGAGAUCACCCUCCUGGAGCUCCCCCCUAAGGCCCUGCCGCAGCCAAGCCUGGUCAAAGAGCUUGAUCUGUGGCCCAGUGUGUCCUCCCUGCCACCUGUGCAGGUUUCCUCUGAGGAGACCGUCCCCAACGGGCAAAUCCAAAGUCCACCUUCACCUCCAUCUCAGAGAGAGCCAGCUGCGCCCCUCCUGCCUUCGCCCUCUCCUCCUCAGACUGAACCUGCUGCAGAGAUCCAGGCUCCUGUCCCACCGGCGCCAGACUCGCCCCCCUCCCCCCCCUCCCCAAAACUGUCUCCAUCUCCAGCUAAGGACGCCCCUCUGCCCCUGAAGCCCAAACCCAAACUAGCUGAGGGUAGAGUGGAGGAGGCACAUAAUGUCAGAAACGCAUCCCAGAUCAAGCAGCUUCAGGACCAGAUCUUACUGGAGCAACAGGAAGCUGCGCAGUGGCAACAACAGCACUCAGACCAGCUGAACCAGGAAAUCCCGCCUCCACCUCAGCUCCCGCCACAACAAAUACCCCCACCUGUUCCACCUGCCCCACCUGCGGACGCCCCUCUCCCUGCCCCCCCUUCACCACCACUCCCCCCACCCCCUUCAUUUCAGGAGCUGGAGAGUAGCACAACCUCCACUACCUCCACCAUCAUGCAGGCCAGCACCUUUAACUACGCCCGCCCCAAGCAGUUCAUCGCAGCUCAAAGCUCAGGCAUGUCCCCUUACUCCCCCACCACCUCCUCACCCUCAUCGAGCGUGUCCUCCCCCCUCUCCCCCUCCUCCACUCAUAAGCCCUUUGGCAGAGUCACCCUCCCACCCUUCACCAAGGCGCCCAGUGUGGAGUCACCCAGCUCUCCCUCCUUCCCUCCACCUCCUCCGCCCUUCCUGAGUCCCACAAACCUGCCCUCUCCGGCUCAAGACUUCCCUCCUCCUCCCCCUCCACCCCCUCCCCCUGUGCCAGCGUCCCCCCUGCAUUCAGAGACCUCCUCGUCGCCUUUUUCCUCUGUGCCCGCCUCUCCUGCCUCCAGCUAUCUGUCCUCAGUGCUACCCUCCCCUCUGCCUGCACCAGCCCCUGGCAGCCCCAUCGUCAAUGCCCUAGGACUGCCCAAAGGCAAUGGCACCGUGAAAGCGUUCCCCAAGAAGCCAGUGAGCAGAACACCCCGUAUUGUGUCAGAUUCAGACAUCCAGGGGUCCAAAGACGCCGUGAUUCAGGAUCUGGAGAGGAAACUCCGAUUCAAGGAGGAGAGGAUCAGCAAUGGGCAACAGAGGUUAACCUAUGAGGAGAAGAUGGCGCGCAGACUGCUGGGAGCUGACAACGCUGCCACAGUCCUAAGCACAGACACUGAGGAGGAGCCCGCAACACAGGAGUACAAAGUAUCAAGUUUCGAGCAGCGUCUGAUCAGUGAGAUUGAGUUUCGGUUGGAGCGCUCCCCCGUGGAGGAGUCGGACGAUGACAUACAACAUGACGAAGAUUGCAUUGAUGGAGAGGCACCCGUAUUUGACCAGAAACUGAAACACUGCAAAGUGUUUGAAGGGAUGCCUGUCACCUUCUCCUGUAAGGUCACCGGAGACCCUAAACCAAAGGUGUACUGGUUCAAAGAUGGCAAGCAGAUUUCCAAGCGGAGCGAGCACUACAGGAUCAGCCGUGACGCAGACGGCACCUGCUCCCUGCACACGGCCGCUGCCUCUCUGGAUGACGACGGCAACUACACCAUCAUGGCUGGAAAUCCCAAGGGCAGAGUGAGCUGCACGGGGCGGAUGAUGGUGCAGGCUGUGAACCAGAGAGGACGCAGCCAGCGGUCCACACCGGGACACAUGCGCAGGUCCCGGUCGCGGUCCAGAGACAGCGGAGAUGAGAACGACAACAUCCAAGAGCGUCACUUCAGACCCCACUUCCUGCAGGCGCCUGGAGACCUCAUUGUGCAGGAGGGGCGGCUCUGUCGAAUGGACUGCAAGGUCAGUGGUUUACCGACUCCAGACCUGGUGUGGCAGUUGAACGGUCAGACGAUCCGCCCUGACUCCGCCCAUAAGAUGCUAGUGAGAGAGAAUGGGGUGCACUCUCUGGUCAUCGAGCCUGUGACCAGCCGCGACGCUGGCAUCUACACUUGCAUUGCCAGCAACCGAGCAGGCCAGAACUCCUUCAACCUAGAGCUCAUAGUGGCAGCCAAAGAGAUGCACAAAGCGCCCUCAUUUGUGGAGAAGUUACAGAACACCAGUGUGGCAGAGGGACAUCCCGUUCGUUUGGAGUGCCGCGUCACCGGGGUCCCAUAUCCUCAAAUCUUCUGGAAACGAGAAAACGAGUCCUUCACUCACAACACAGACAGAAUCAGCAUGCACCAGGAUAAGUGUGGUUACCUGUGCAUGAUCAUACAGCCGGCUCUGAAGGAGGACGCUGGUUGGUACACAGUGUCAGCCAAGAACGAAGCCGGGAUCAUCUCCAGUACAGCACGACUUGAUGUCCAUACUCAGUGGCAGCAGCCCAACCUCCCAAAGCCCAAGAAAGUGCGCCCUUCAACAAGCCGCUACGCCGCUCUGACUGAGAGAGGCCUGGACGUAAAGGCAGCGUUUUUCCCAGAAUCCUCUCCACUGCCUCCUGGUGGUUUGAUUGAAAGCGACGACCUGUAGAGACAACAAGAACAUCAGAAAAUGAUUUUUUUUAAAACUACCCCAAACCGGGUACUCGCUCCUCAGAUACUUUUACCACAACGAGAAGUGGGUUGGAAAGUAACUUUGUCAAAACGAACUGCUAUAAAUGACAAAGUGGAUCUUGGCGAAUGGGGUUUUAAUGUUUAUACUAAUGAUACCUAUUUUAUUUAGAGUCUCCCCAAGCCUUAUUAUAUUAACUGGACCUUAUCAACUCACUACAAAAGGUUGCCUGUUCAAGUGCCUAUCAAAUUCCAUGUAUGACAGCAGUAUAUAUAGUGCCAUUUGCAAAAACAUUUUCACAGUUUCUUAUGUAGAUCACCAGCAACCAUGUAGGGCGCUUUGAAAAUUAUGCCUAACACGACAUGGGAGAAAAGGUUUUGUUUAAAUAUUAUGUAGCAUUUUGAAAGUAGUAGCUCACAACAUACAGUGUCAGUAUUGGAUCACAUAUUAGCAUUGAUAUUGGAGGCCGGGCCUUAAAAACAAUAGGAUUUUUAUUACUAUUCUGAAGGAAAAAAUAUGCUGGUAAAAGAAAGAUUGCAAGGAAUAUAUAAGGCAAUUUGCAAGGUGUAUUGUGCAUGUAUGGUAAAGGAAAGUGGCAUGUUUUGCUAUGGAUAUCAACCGUGAUUUUAAGAGAUAAUAUUUGACUGUGGUAUGUUGGAAAAAUGUGAGUGAAAGGUGCAAAAUUGUAAUGAUUUUUUUUCUUGUUUUUUCCAUGUUGUGUGAAAUGACACUCAAACAGGGUGCUGUGGAUGUUUGCCUGUCACAUCACCAUUUUAUUUUUGUAUGUAAAAAAAAAAAAAUCUACUUUCCCAUGAAAAUAAGUUGUAUCGCCUAGCUUUUGUUCACAGUUUUGUAUCAUGUUUUAUAACUGUAUGUACUGCCUUAAAUCACUUUGAAUGAAAAUGCUUCUCCUUUUUUGGACAUUUUGUGAUGCCAAACAUUGUGGCUCUCAGACAUGGAUGAAAAGCAUAAAGAGAAGAUAUAGUACAGUGCUAAAAUGUGUUUUCAGAGCACAAAAGUUGUUUAAAAAUGUAUAAAACGUGCAUAAAAGUACAACAGAAAAAAGCAAGUAAGUAAAGUAAAAUUGCACCAGUCAAAUUUUUUUACACAUUGCUCUAUUUCUGUAUCUACUCUUUCAGUCACUUCGGUAACACAGGACAAAGUUGACUCAAACUUACACAUUUGCACAUUUUUAUGCCAAUAUAGAUUGUUCUCCUGAUGUUAUUUUGGGAUAUGAAAGUUAAUAAAGGCUUCAGAGACA